AUGGCUACAGUUGCAUUAGGUACUCCAAAACCAUUGGUUCUUGAAAAGAAGCCCAUUUCAUAUCAAACCCUUUUACUCGGUGCAGGUUUAAAUAUGUUUGAGACGUCGACUUUAGGUCAACCUUUUGAAGUAAUGAAGACUCAAAUGGCAGCCAAUCGUGGUCAAUCCAUGUUAUCUGGAUUAAAGUCCAUUUAUAGUAGAGGUGGUAUUUUGGGUUUCUAUCAGGGCUUAAUUCCCUGGGCCUGGAUUGAAGCCAGUACAAAGGGUGCUGUACUCCUUUUCACAGCUUCCGAAUUAGAAUACAGAUCUUCUGCCGCUGGCGCUUCCCCAUUUUUGGCAGGAAUUAUCGGUGGUAUGGGUGGUGGUAUUGCACAAGCAUAUAGUACAAUGGGUUUCUGUACAUUUAUGAAGACAGUCGAAGUCACGAGACAAAAGUCAGCUGGUACCGAGUCCACUUUUAAGAUUGCUGCAGAUAUUUAUAAGAAGGAAGGAUUUGCAGGUAUUAACAAGGGAGUCAAUGCUGUUGCACUUCGACAAUGUACAAAUUGGGCUUCUCGAUUUGGUAUUGCUAGAUUUGCCCAGGACGCCAUUGUAUUGAAGAGACAUGGAGAACAUGGUGUUGCUGAUAAUAUCGAUAAGGCUUCUGCGUCUAUUCUUGCUGGUGCUCUUUCAUGUUGGAAUCAACCUCUUGAAGUCAUUCGUGUUGAAAUGCAAAGCCAAUUGAAGGCACCUGGUAGACCAGAGAAAAUGAGCUUAGUGAACGCUACAAAAUAUAUCUAUUCUAUGAAUGGAUUAACAGGUUUUUAUAGAGGUUUGGUUCCUCGUAUUGGAUUGGGCAUCUGGCAAACUCUCGUUAUGGUUGCACUAGGUGAUUAUUUCCGUGCAAUGCUUUGA